AUGAAACCAAUGCAACUAGUUCUCUUGCUGGCCACCGCCAGCGUAUCUCUCGCUGCGGGCUGCCCCUUUGCCAAAUUUGCGAAGGCUGGUGGCAAUGGUCCUCCCGAGCUCGACCACGAAAAGCUGGGUGAGCUCUAUGCUCAGAUGAAGAAAUACACUCCGCACGAGGGGGCUUCAUUCGAUACAGAAGAUUCAAAAUUUCGGCAUCCCGAGAUCAAAAACGAACUAUAA